CUUGUAUGUUUAGAAGAAGUGACCAAAAAUGAAGAUGCAGCUCGUCCAAAUAGUUUUCUUUUUAUGUGGCUCUCCAGGUCUCAUGGCGGAUAACAAGUGGUCAAUGACUGUACCUGGAGCUGUCGACCAAAAAUUUGGUGAAGAUGCCAUCAUCCCUUGCACUUUUACAACUCCGUAUCCAGACUACAGGCAUGAUAUAACAGCAAUUUGGCAAACCAAAUGGCAAGUAAUUUUCCGUUGUGUGAGCAAAGGAAAUCUGUCAGAAAGUGGACACAACUGCACUGAAUCUACUGGACGUUACUCAUUAUCGGGUGACCCAAGAAGACACAACAUCUCAUUGAGGAUUAAAAAUGUCCUGUUUAUGGAUGCAGAAAGGUAUUUCUGUCGUGUUGAGUUGAGUAUGCCAGGAGCUGCCUACAAAACUAGUACAGGAACCAUCUUGAACAUCCGAGCUGUGCCUCAAACACUAGACAGCAUCUACAUACGAACACUUCCAUCAGGGGAGCAGUUUGUUACAUGUGAUGUUAAAGGAACACCUCCUCCAAUGGUGACAUGGAUCAUUCCAGAGAACAUGAAUGCCUCUUUGGUGUCUGUUCAAAGUGGCUUUGCAGGAGCAUCGUCCUCUAUUCCUGCAAAUCUGCCCAACACCAACUACACCUGCCAGAUACAUGGAAAGAAUGGACUGCAGAAUCGCUCAAUUUACUUCAGCGGAGCUCAGGAGCAACAGCAGCAGAUCCCUUUGAUACUGCUCAUAAUCUUCGUGAUUCUUUCUGGAGUUUUCUUCGUUCUUUUUGUGGUCACUUUGGCAGUUUUGUACAAGAAAGGGUCAUCUGAUCCUGUGGACUCACCAACAGAAAUGGACAUUGGGAAAACUGAGUCUAUUGAAGAGUAA